GACGGCCAGACCGGAGCAAUCGAUUCGGAGUCAAGUGCAGUAAACAACGCGUUGGGAAGUUGCCUGGCUCCCGUCAACAAAGUCCAUUUGAACGAUGCCGGAGACUUAAAUAGUUCUUCAUUGUGGCUCAAAUAUUGUUGUUGGAGCUCAACCGGCGGCGCGGAAGGUGGUGAAGUUUGACAUUUUGACAACAUUGUCCGGGCGAGGGAUUGCUAGCAUGCUAGCAGCCGUUGCAGAGAAAAGGGCCAGCUGCCAUGUCCUCCACCACUGACGCUGCCGCUGCCAUGGCGACCCUGGCCUUGGAGCAGGCCUCGGACCGCCACGCCAGGCUCAUCCUGGCCCGGAUGAACAAGAUGCGGCUCAGCGCCGACUUCUGCGACGUGAGGCUGCGGGUCGGCGGCCGCGUCUUCAAAGUCCACCGGCUGGUGCUGGCGGCCGCCAGCCCCUACUUCUCUGCUCUCUUCUCCCUGGGGAUGAGCGAGGCGGCCAAGGAGGAGGUGGAGAUCCUGGGGGUGGACGGCGACACCUUUGAGGUCCUGCUGGGCUUCGUCUACACAGGCGCCAUGGACGUGACGGUGGACAACGUCCAGGAGCUGAUGUUGGCCGCCGACAUGCUGCAGCUCAACGAGAUCGUGUCCAUCUGCGGGGACUUCCUCAAAGGCCAGAUGGACUCGUCCAAUUGCGUGGGCAUGUUCCAGUUCCUGGAGCAGAUUGCCUGCGUGAAGAUGUUGGAGUUCUCCGAGAACUACAUCCACGGUCACUUCCUGGAGGUCUGUAUCGGCGACGAGUUCAAGGGCCUCUCCAAGGAUCAGAUUGUCAAACUUCUGAGGAGUGAAGAGUUGCGGAUCGAGGACGAGUACCAGGUGUUCACCGCCGCCAUGGACUGGGUCCUCCACGACGUGGGCAAAAGAAAGAAGUACGUCGUGGAGGUUUUGGAACCUGUCCGCUUCCCUCUGCUCUCCCCACAGAGGCUGUUCAAGUACAUCGAGGAUAUUGCUGACUUCAGCCUGCGGGUGGCGCUGCAGACCCUGUUGAAGGAAUACAUUGAAGUCACCAAGUCCCCCAAAGACCACAAGAUGAACAACCAACUCCAGCAGGUCAAGAUGAGACCCAGAAGGAAAGCCAGGAAGUACCUUUACGCCAUAGGAGGCUACAUUCGCCUACAGGGCGGCCGCUGGAAUGACAACCGGGCGUUAAGUUGCGUGGAGCGCUUUGACACCUUCAACCAGUACUGGACCACCGUGUCGUCCCUGCACCAGGCUCGCAGCGGGCUGGGGGUGGCGGUGAUGGAAGGCAUGAUCUACGUGGUGGGAGGGGAGAAAGACUCCAUGAUCUUUGACUGCACCGAGCGAUACGACCCGGUGACCAAACAGUGGGCCGCCGUGGCGUCCUUGAAUUUCCCUCGAUGUGGAGUUGGCGUCUGUCCCUGCAAUGGUGCUCUCUACGCCUUCGGCGGCUGGAUCGGCUCCGAGAUCGGCAAGACGAUGGAACGUUACGACCCGGAGGACAACAAGUGGGAGGUCAUCGGCUACAUGAUGUCUCCCCGCUAUUACUUUGGUUGCUGCGAGCUGCAAGGUCUCAUCUACGUGGUCGGGGGAAUCAGCGAGGAAAGCAGGGAGCUGCGCUCCACAGACACCUACGAUCCCAUCAGCCGCCGGUGGAGCGCCUUGCCUGUCAUGGUCACACGCCGGGCCUACGUGGGCGUGGCCUGCCUCAACAACUGCAUUUACGCGGUGGGCGGCUGGAACCAGUCCCAGGGGGCGUUGGAGACCGUGGAGAAGUACUGUCCAGAGGAGGAGAAGUGGUUCCAGGUGGCGCCAAUGUCCAACCCCCGCGCAGGUGUGUCGGUGUCGGUAGUCAACGGGCUGCUGUACGCCGUCGGAGGAAGAGCGGCCAGCAGGGACUUCUCCGCCCCGGUGACCGUGGACUGCGUGGAGAUCUACGACCCUCACCUGGACACCUGGACGGAGGUGGGCAACAUGAUCACCAGCCGCUGUGACGGAGGACUGGCCGUGCUCUGACCGCCUGGCAACUGGAAUCUGCACCUUACCUGUGCCACAGGGUAUUUAUACGCUCUUUUCUUCCCUGCACUUAAACCGGCUCCCUGGAGCUUUUUCAAAAAUGUAUGAAAAUGGAAAAAGUUUAGGGGGAAAAAAAUAUGUAUUUAGUUUGAAUAUUGUUUCUAUUGGAGGACAAACAUGACACAAACUUUCCUUAUUGUUGGAAAUCUUCAUAUGAAACAUGCCUCACUGAAGAGAGCAUUUGGCAAGCGCCGUUUUAGCCUACUAACUUUAGCGGUCCUUGAACUCACCAUAGUUUCUUUUACAUGCGCUGCCACAGAAAGACGUUUUUUUAUGCCACUCUGUCUCAUUUUGUCCACCGAACCUUUUAUGCUGUGCGUGAAUGCACAACAGUGAUUUUUUAUUUAUAUCUCUCUAGAUCCACUUCCAAUCUUUCUGUCGAUAGAAAGUCUUAUUUUAUUUACUUUUUAAUGUUCAAUACCCUUUUUGUUAUAGAAGACUCUGUUUUUCCAAACAAUAUAUACACAAUAGUGGAAUAUUUGAUGUGAAGUGAUUGGCGCUUUGAAUAUGUCAAUAAUUCAUAACUACAUUGAUUGUGAUUUAUUAUCGUUUUUUGAGCAAUGACAAUAAAAACAACAACAUUGUGUUAUUAGAGUCAA